AUGCCAGAUCGAGAACACCUGCCAUCCUCUUUGGGGAAUCGCCUAAGCCUAAAGGGGCGGGUCAUCCUAGUCACUGGUGGUGGUCGCGGCAUUGGCAUGGCGCUAACUAAGACGUGCUUGGAUGCCGGUGCUACUGUAUUGAUUACUGAUGUUCUACCCGAACCAGAUCCAAUGCUUCUGCAGUGGAAAAGAACUGCUCCAGAGAAGCUCUUGUAUUUCCGCUGUGACCUUACCAAAAAGACGGAAGUCGAAAAUACAUUCGGCAAGAUUUUGGAGAAAGUGCACCAGAUUCAUGGAAUAGUCACUGCAGCUGGAAUUUGCGUUGACAAACCAUUCCUCGACCACACAUGGGAAGACGUUCAAAAGCUCCAGGCUGACACAGGAACAUUCUUUGCAGUGCAACAUGCAGUUAAAAACAUGAAACAACAUGGUAUUCAGGGAACAGUCCUCAUGAUCUGCUCACAAUCAUGGCAACAUGUUUGCCCUGGUCAUCAACUUACAGCCUAUGCGGGUAGUAAAGGCUUUGUUUUCUCUUUGGCAAGAAGUUUGGCUCAUGAGUUAGCUUCUGAUGGAAUUCGUGUCAACACUAUUUCUCCAGGAUACAUUGCGACCGAUAUGAACCUUUCCAUUGCUGCUAAUCGACCAGAGUUGCUUAAAGUAUUUCACGAAGCCCCACCCUUAGGACGUGUCGGAACACCUGAAGACCUCCAAAUGGCGUCGUUAUAUUUGCUGAGCGAUGCUUCCGCUUAUGUCACAGGGCAAGAUAUCGCUGUUGAUGGGGGCAUGCAGGUCUCGUCUGGAAACUAUAAACUAUAA